UGCCCCAUCACGAGCAUGUAGUUCUAUACUCAACAUGACUAAGUCUAUCUUUCUUCCCUCUCCUCAACAGGACCCAGGCUAGACAUCAUGCGGCUUCUUCACUUUGACGCGUUAGGCAGGCUUGUCCUGACAGACUUCCGCGGCAAACACAUUCCGCCCUACGCCAUCCUAUCGCAUAGAUGGAGCGACUCGGAGAUCCUCAUGGAAGAUAUAACAAGCGAGAUCUAUAAGGAGAAAGAGGAAGGCUACAAGAAGCUUAUGUUUUGCGCCGAGCAGGCGGUGCGGGACAAGCUGCAUUACUUCUGGAUCGACACAUGCUGCAUCGACAGAUGGAACAACAACGAGCGCUCAAGGGCUAUCAAUUCGAUGUUCCAGUGGUACAGGAAUGCGAUGCGAUGCUACGUCUUUCUGUCAGACGUAUCGGUAUCCACUAUAACAGAGCCGGUUCAACGCAGCGACUGGGAGGCGUCGUUCUGUGCAAGCGCGUGGUUCACCCGUGGGUGGACGCUCCAAGAGCUGAUUGCGCCAGUAUCGGUGGAUUUCUUCUCGCGCGAAGGACGGCGCCUAGGCGACAAAACGUCGCUUGAUCAAUUGCUGCACAGCAUUACCGGUAUUCCGUUUACAGCGCUGCGCAAUUGUCCCCUCAACCAGUUUAGCACAUCUGAGCGCAUGCGAUGGACUGAGCGCCGCGUGACAACUGAGGGAGAGGAUAUGGUAUACUGCCUACUUGGACUUCUUGGGAUCUCUAUGCCUGCAACGUACGGCGAAGGACAGGAGAGCGCAUUAGAAAGACUGCAGGCUGAGAUACAGGGACUUAGUAGCGCGCCGUCGAUCAUUCCGUUCUCGCGUAACAAGUCUUUUGUAGGUCGCGAACCGCAGCUCGCGGAGCUAGAGGCGAAACUCUUUAGCAACAAACAAAACACUACUAUCCUAGCAAUUGCUGGGCCUGGUGGAACGGGCAAGUCGCAGCUUGCACUCGAGGUUGCAUACCGCACAAGGCAGAACAAUACGGACUGCGCGGUGGUUUGGAUAGAUGUGAGCGACAAGGAUAGCCUCUACCAGUCCUAUGCAAGCGUUGCGCGGAAGCUCGGUAUCCCUAAGUGGAAUAGUGGUGAUCUGGCAGAUAUGAAGCAGGUCGUAAAGCACUGUGUGGCAGAGCUGAGUAAGCGGCAAUGUUUGCUGGUGUUGGACAAUCUAGAUGACAUCACUCUGCUGUCUGGCGGCUUGUCAACGGUAGAUGCGGCAGGCUUAGCUGACUACCUACCACAGUCUACACUAUGUUCUGUCAUCACCACAACAACAAGCACCGAGAUAGCUGAGAUGCUUACUCCACAAAAUGUCAUAGCGCUACAUAAGCUAACAGCAGACACAGCGUUAAGAAUGCUGCAAAACUGUUUAUCGAGACCAUUAUCACCCACCGAGGAACAACAGUCAGUCAUCUUACUCAGAGAGUUAUCAUACCUGCCUAUAGCAAUCGUGCAGGCAGCCGCGUGUAUAAGCGCUAGUGAGAUGACAGUGCAGGAGUACGCAACCCAACUAGACAAGCACAAAAGCGUAGUUCACGAGUAUAACGACAACUUGCUUAAGCACAAACUGCAAGACUCGAGUCCAGAGAACCCUAUUACUGCUAUAUUGUCUCUAUCCACUAGUCACGUUCGCUACAGAAACGUGAUUGCUGCAGACUAUCUUUCCCUUGCUACAUGCGUGGAUCGGAAAGACAUCGCGCUCGACCUUCUUGAGGCACCGUCGCCACAGGCCCGGGAAGAUGCCAUCAAAACGCUUGACAAGUAUGCACUCAUCACUAGGCGCCCUGCCGAGUUAGCACUGGAUGUUCAUCGGCUGGUACAUGAUGCUCUACGUGAUAUAUUACAAGCUCAGGGACAGCUCCAACAAUGGAGACAUCGCGCCAUCACACGGGUGAUCCAGGUGUUUCCGGACGAUGAUCACAGUAAUAGAAGCAAGUGGAGGCGCUUGCUUCCGCAUGCCCAGCAUGUUCUGUCGCAUAGUCUUGUGGAUAGUAAUAACGAAGAGAUGCUGGAUUUUGCGUUAAUGUGUGCUAAAACUCUUUAUAGUGACGGACGUUAUAAGGAGGCCGAAGAGCUAGGGGUACAAGUAAUGCAGACUUGGAAGAGAGUGCUUGGCAAUGAGCAUCCUGACACGCUGAUAAGCAUGCAUAACCUUGCGUUCACGUACGACAAACAAGGGCGAUGGAAAGAGGCUGAAGAGCUAAGGGUACAAGUAAUGCAGAAUCGGAAGAAAGAGCUUGGCAACGAGCAUUUUCGCACGCUGAUUAGUAUGGCCAAUCUAGCAUUGACGUAUAGGAACCAAGGGCGAUGGAAAGAGGCUGAAGAGCUGCAAGUACAAGUAAUGCAGAAGAUGAAGAGAGAGCUUGGCGACGAGCAUCCUCAUACGCUAACUAGCAUGAAUUACCUGGCGUCGACGUACAAUAAACAAGGGCGAUGGAAAGAAGCUGAAGAGCUAGAGGUACAAGUGAUGCAGACUCAGAAGAGAGAGCUUGGCGACGAGCAUCCUGACACGCUGAUAAGCACGCAUAACCUCGCGUUAACGUACAGCGACCAAGGGCGAUGGGGCGAGGCCGAAGAGCUACAGGUGCAAGUGAUGCAGACUCAAAAGAGAGUGCUUGGCGACGACCAUCCUGACACGCUGGCUAGCAUGGCCAGCCUGGCGUCGAUAUAUAGGAACCAAGGACGAUGGGGCGAGGCCGGAGAGCUAGGGGUGCAAGUGAUGCAGACGAGGAAGAGGGUACUUGGCGACGAGCAUCCAUACACGCUGGCCAGUAUGCACAAUCAUGCUUACACGCUGCAGUCACAAGCUCGUCAACAGGAGGCUCUUGAACUGAUGGAAAGAUGCUUGAAGUCGCGCCAGCACAUCCUUGGCAAGCAGCACCCUGCUACGCGGUCGUCACUUGACGCGUUGAGCAGUUGGCAAGCAGAGUAGCUUGAGGGGCUUAUGAUACGCUCUCUGUGUAUGUUAUCAGGUCGCAAAAUCACAUACAUUCAAGCUCUUUCAUCGAG